UCAGUUUACUGUCCAGUCGCACACAUCAUGUUUUUUGUUUGUUAGAAAUUCUUUUAUUUUGUUGUUUUCCUUUCAAAAUUUUUCGUUUUCGUUUCAACACUCCUCCGGCAAAAAGACACCCAAAAUUCAAUGUUUAGCUAAGCAAACCAACAAACUAGGAAGCUCGCUCUUGUAGUGCAGUGUUAAGAAGGUGACCUCUUAUAUAUGAAUUAUGUGACUACAGCAGUACGAAAGAUUGGGCCCAGCGCGCACGAUUUUAGCAAUCUUUUCGAGCGCACCAAACCCACUUCAGGAUGGCCAUACAUGAGCAGAUCGAUAACCUGAACAUCUGGUGGUUUCCGCGCGACUUUUGCCAGUCCCGAUUCGGCGAGUUUCAACAGAGUGGCACCAAUUCGUGUACUCUGAUAUCGCUGAUCCUGGCGGAUAAGGUGGCCAAGGCGGAAAGGUUCUAUCAUCGUGUGGGCGAAUUGCCACCUCGGGGCUGGGAGCUUUUCGGGAAUGCAAUGAACGAUGGCAACAGUGUCUAUCACAAUGUUAUAACAGCCCAUACGCCCUUAUCGCGCAAUCUAAAUCUUAAUAUACCAGACGCAAUAUCGGCGAUACGUUCACAGCAAAAGAUGAACUUCCGGCUGGAGGAGUGGUUCUACACGCAUAUGGAGGCCGAUCCUAGCAACCCCAUGUAUAAUCGCAACGUUGCCAUGCAGCUCUCUCGAAUCUUUCAGAUCACAUUGCAGGUAUUCCAGCAGGCGGGCGGCUCUGGUGGCCGAGAGAUGCCCAGCAAUCUCUUUGCCGCUAUUAUCGCGGAUAGUCGCACGGUGAUGAUGACCUUUGAUUUUCGCGCCUCAAUAGUCGCUCUAUUCGAUUCUCAUCAGCAUGGCCGCGAUGCUGGCGCUGUUUUCGCCCAAUGUACCAUACAAAAUAUGGACGAUCUGCUAUUCUGGUUCAUUAGUAUGCUGCACAAUGUCUACUCCAGCCGGCCCGCCCUCUUCGAGAUCUCGUUCCUGAGCUCACAACCGGGCGUGGCUAAGCGCAUACCACCUGCCAUCAAGAAGAUUGCGAAUGAGAUUAAAAAACCGACCAAGUCACACUAAACCGGGCAAAAUCAUAUGUAUCAUGUAUAUAUAUAUAUUUCUAAAUUCAUUUAUAUAUACACACAUAUGAUAUUAGCAUGGUUAUAUAUCCGAUUCACCUGCAUAAUGACUGAAGAGUUUGCCUAGUUCCUGAAAUCAUUGGGUAUUCAAGAGAAAAAGUUGAUCUUCAAAGGCUCGAAAAAAAAUUAUCAAAAACAACUAAAUUCCAAAACUUAAAGAAAUAAAUU